AGGGGGGGCCGUCAGGGGAGUCCCGAUAGUGCGGCGCCUCCGCGGCCCCGUGAGCUGCCGGACACCCUGCGAGGCCAUGGGGAGGAUCGGGCUGCAGCUGCGCGCCACGCUGGAGAACAUCACCCGGCUGCGGGCCGAGGGGGAGGACUUCCGCUGGUACCUCAAGCUGAAAUGUGGGAACUGUGGUGAAGUUUCUGAAAAAUGGCAGUAUCUGCGAUUGAUGGACAGUGCUCCCCUGAAAGGAGGCAGAGGAAGCGCCACUAUGGUGCAGAAAUGCAAGCUGUGCUCCAGGGAGAACUCCAUUGAUAUUUUAAGUCAGACAAUCAAGCCUUACAACGCUGAAGACAGUGAGAAAUUCAAAACGAUAGUGGAGUUUGAAUGCCGAGGUCUGGAACCAGUUGACUUUCAACCACAGGCAGGGUUUGCUGCUGAAGGUGCAGAAUCUGGCACACCUUUCAAUGACAUAAACUUGUUAGAAAAGGAUUGGAAUGACUAUGAUGAAAAAACAAAGGAAUCUGUUGGAAUUUAUGAAGUUACCCAUAAAUUUGUAAAAUGCUAAAGUUCAUAUCCUAAUAAAUCUUGACAUGCUUAUUGAUGAAGAAGCUGUAACCAUCAGAGACACGGUUUCCUUGGUGUUACUUUUCACAUGGCUGUACUUCAGAAUUGGAAACCUAAGUUGUACUUACUGUCCCCAGCAUGCCCUAAUAAAAUAUUUUCCACAGAA